CCAGAGCCGACGGGGCUGAGCCACCCGCUCGUCGGUGUGCCCGUGCGGGGCUACGGCGGUGCACGGCCUCCGCCGAGCCAGGAAUAUUGGCAACUAAGCAACAUAUCUACUCUGGCAACCAAAAUGCUAACCUGAAGAGGUCUGAACAACAGCAAUAACCCCAACACCCAAAGCUGUAACGAAGAGAGCUUGGGCAGGCACAGAAAAUGGGUAAUAACUGAAGACUACCUCUCAGCAGGAAAGUGAGAUCAGAUUGGCAACGAAUGGCAUGAUUGAAGACAAAAAGCCAGCUUCCGCACAAGGUUUGAUCUUCACACUGUUUCCCUGAAACAAGGCCACAGCAGAAGAGAUCAAGAUGGUCCCAAACUAUUCUACUGAAGAAACUGUUAAGAGAAUUCACGUCGACUGUCCUGUUUCAGGAAGGCACAGUUACAUCUACAUUAUGGUUCCAACUGUUUACAGUAUCAUCUUCAUCAUAGGCAUAUUUGGGAACAGCCUGGUCGUUAUUGUCAUUUACUGCUACAUGAAAUUAAAAACAGUGGCCAGCAUCUUUCUGCUAAACCUGGCGCUGGCUGACUUGUGUUUUUUAAUAACUCUGCCACUCUGGGCAGCCUACACGGCCAUGGAAUACCAGUGGCCUUUUGGCAACUGUUUAUGCAAGCUAGCAUCAGCAGGAAUCAGUUUCAAUUUGUAUGCCAGUGUGUUCCUACUCACAUGCCUUAGUAUCGACCGCUAUCUGGCCAUAGUACAUCCAGUGAAGUCACGAAUCCGGCGUACCAUGUUUGUUGCCAGAGUAACCUGCAUUGUCAUCUGGCUCCUUGCUGGUGUGGCCAGUUUGCCCGUUAUCAUUCAUCGUAAUAUAUUUUUUGCGGAGAACUUGAACAUGACAGUCUGUGGCUUUCGAUAUGACAACAAUAACACAACACUGAGGGUUGGGUUAGGCUUAUCCAAGAAUUUACUGGGAUUUUUGAUCCCUUUUCUUAUCAUACUAACAAGCUACACCCUGAUUUGGAAGACCCUGAAGAAGGCAUAUCAAAUUCAAAGAAAUAAGACCAGAAAUGAUGACAUUUUUAAGAUGAUUGUGGCAAUAGUAUUUUUCUUCUUCUUUUCCUGGAUUCCUCAUCAAGUGUUCACUUUUCUGGAUGUAUUAAUUCAAUUACAUGUAAUAACAGACUGCAAAAUCACUGAUAUUGUGGAUACAGCUAUGCCCUUUACUAUUUGCAUCGCUUACUUUAAUAAUUGUUUGAAUCCUUUUUUUUAUGUUUUCUUUGGAAAAAACUUUAAAAAAUACUUCCUUCAGCUAAUAAAAUACAUUCCACCAAAUGUCAGCACACAUCCAAGUCUCACUACAAAAAUGAGCUCCCUCUCGUAUCGACCACCAGAAAAUAUACGCUUGCCCACUAAAAAGACUGCUGGGUCUUUUGACACUGAGUGACGCACUUCGCUAUAUUCUUUUUUCCUGAACAAAGUUGUGAACGAAGCAGCAUGAAUGACAAAAUCCAUCUGCAGUCCCAGACAUCACAGCUUACUGCUUAUUACAGAAACAUUAAAUCACUUCAGCAAAAUCACACUGCAAAGAUUUAGCAGUGGCCUUCUGUUUUACCUUGUGCGGAGGACUGCCUGAUUUUCAUUUUGUUUUACUUCGUUGAAAGCAGCAUAAAUGAUAGGACAGGUACAUCAGAGUUUGUCAGCAUUCUGCCAUUUACUCAAAACUACAGAUCAUCUCUGAACUCAAAGGAAAAGCUUUUGUAAGUGACGUGAAUUAUGAAGAACCUGUUUUGCGCAUGUGAGCCAA